GAGGUCGUUUUGAUUCGUGGAAUCGUGGACGUAGCAAAUGCCACGUAGACGAAGUGUAAACCCUAAACCCUAGUGCUUUUGCCAAGAACAGGGGAAACGAAAUCAGAGACGUUCUGGCAACCAGAGACAAACAGUGAUCGACAGCGCAACUUGGAUUUGCAAUCAUGAGAAGGGUCAAUGGACUCGCUACCCUUGACAGAGCCUUAUCCUGCGGCGGCGCCAUUCAGCAGCGGCUGGCUCAAGCGGCGUUGAUGAGUACAUCCUCAUCUCCAUCGUCAAAUUCUCACAUUUCUUUGCAGAAACUCGCCAAUCGAUUGGGGCUGUCGCGUCCCUCCCUCGGGCGCCGUGUUGCUGGGAACAUGUUGUUUGCUAUGGCAGCAUCAUCUCUGGCUCAAGACGCCCAUGCUAAGGAGUUGCCUCGCUCUGAGAAGUUUCUCCCCAACGAAGUCGUUCUGUACCAGUACGAAGCUUGCCCUUUUUGUAACAAGGUCAAAGCAUUUUUAGAUUAUAAUAACAUUCCAUAUAAAGCUGUGGAAGUCAACCCCAUCAGCAAAAAGGAGAUCAAGUGGUCUGAUUACAAGAAGGUGCCGAUACUGAAAGUUGAUGGUGAACAGAUGGUUGAUUCUUCAGAUAUAAUUGAUAAGCUUUUUCAUAGGAUCAACCCAGAUAUCUAUUUACCUGAUGCUGAUGAAGAGAGGAAAUGGCGUGAGUGGGUGGAUAAUCACUUGGUGCAUGUCUUAUCACCAAACAUAUAUCGGACUACUUCUGAGGCACUUGAAUCAUUUGACUAUAUCACCACUCAUGGCAACUUCAGCUUCACUGAGAGGUUAUUAGCGAAGUAUGCUGGAGCAGCAGCCAUGUAUUUUGUCUCAAAGAAACUGAAGAAGAAGUACAACAUUACUGAUGAGCGAGCAGCCUUGUAUGAAGCUGCUGAAACGUGGGUGGAUGCUUUGAAGGGCCGGCAUUAUCUUGGUGGUUCAAAACCCAAUUUAGCUGACCUUGCUGUUUUUGGUGUUCUGAGGCCAAUCCGAUAUCUAAAGUCUGGUAAAGAUAUGGUGGAGCAUACACGCAUUGGUGAAUGGUACACUCGGAUGGAAAAUGCUGUGGGAGAGUCUGCUAGAAUUAAGGAGUGAGAGACAAAUUGUCCGCUGGAGUAGAACUUCAAGCCUGGUCAACCUGAAUUUGUGAGCAUAGAGAAUUUACAAAUAAUAAUGCUGGAAGAGACUUUCCACUGAUAGGCAAGAGUAGGAGCCGACAUGUGAUAACUUCUAUCUUAUUAAAAUUGGAUGCUGUAUGGAUAAUUUUACAGUUCUCAUAAACUGCUCUUACUGAAAA